CACUUACUACGCUCAGUUCAGCACAUCAGUCUAUUACAAGCGCGUUACUACUAGAACUGUACCCUUACGCCAAUCCCCAUUACCUGCAGCAAUAUGGCUCUGGAUCAAGAUGCUACCGACGAACAGCUGUAUGCCGACCUUCCGUCUCCACUACAUCUUUCCCCCUCCGAACUUAUUGAAACAUAUCACCCGAACGUCCUGGCACCUCUAGUGCGCUGCUCUAAACUUCCUUUCCGCCAUCUUACUUCUCUGUACGAAACCCACAUCACUCACACACCCAUGAUCCUAGCUGAAGAGUUUUCGCGCGCUCAGAUAGCGAGGACUUCAGAUUUCAGCACAAGUAGCAACGAAAGAGGCGUCUACUGGAUGGCUCCCAAUAAUGGAAAAUGCCGAGGGAAAGGGGAGUAUAUAACCCGCGUUGGCCAUCCAGAGGACGUCCGACCUGCGAAAGAGCCGUGGAAAACGUAUCACUCUCCUCCAUCUACCGAGCGCCUCCCCCCAUCGCCGGCUCCCCCCAACCCCCAAGCGCAGCUCGUUCGAGGUUGCUUAAUAGCCCAGUUUGCAUCUCCCAAUGCCAAAUCUCUGGCUGACGCCGCUGAACUUAUUUCUCCUUAUGUUGACGGAAUUGAUCUGAACUGCGGCUGUCCUCAAAGAUGGGCUUACAACGAGGGUAUUGGAUGCGCCUUGUUGAGGAAACCGGAAUUAGUACGAGAUAUGGUUAGAGGCGUUAAAGAUCGAAUGGGGUGGGGGUGGCCAGUCAGCAUCAAAAUCAGGAUCGACUCAGAACAGGAAAAGACGGAGCAAUUGAUCUCAAAUGCCCUUCAAGCAGGAAUAUCUCAUUUAACGAUCCACGGCCGAACGAGGCACCAGCCUUCGACUGAUCCGGUUAACCUUCCUGGAAUCAAGUUUGCAGUAGAUUGCGUUAAAGGCGAAGUCCCAUGCGUGGCGAAUGGAGACGUCUGGGAACUUGAAGACGCAAGGCAGAUGAGACUUCACACAGGGGUUCAAGGUGUGAUGGCUGCCAGAGGGUUGUUGGCCAAUCCUGCCCUAUUCGCCGGUUAUGAUAAAACGCCAGAGGAUUGUGUAUCUCAAUUUAUCAACCUUGGCUUGGAUUAUGGUUUCAACUUUUCUCUUUUCCACCGUCAUCUCGCAUACAUGCUCGAAUCCCAUCUUUCCCGAGUAGAAAAAGUCUGGUUCAAUUCUCUCACAUCGCAAGCAUCUGCAAUAGAAUGGCUGAAUGAAAGAGCUAUCAAUUUCAAGGAAAAAAGAGGGACUAUCUGGGAUGCGCGUCGAGGCUACAACAUUACUGAUGUAUAAUUAGUUGCGAUUUGUGUGGGCAAUGUAGCGCAGGUUGAUGCAUGAAUUGUCGUAUAGAU